GGUGACGAGAGGGUGUACUCAGGGCGGAGGAGAGCGAAAAGUGGGAGAGAGAGGGAGCGCAGCAUCUCGCUCUCGACGGGCUAGCUUUUUCCGGCGAGUGCCUCAGUGCGAGGAUGGACCGGCGUCACGGCGCAGCCAGCGGACGCGUCGUCGUGUGUCGUCGUCGACGGAUGGUGCAUUGUGGGUCAGAUUAAUCCGGGGUGACACCGGGUGACAUCCGCCGGGGAAGGAACAUGUGACGCGACGCACACGAACUCGCGGACAAAUCACAAAAGUCUUCCAUUAGCUUAAUUUAAUCUGGUAGCGCGGUUACUAUCCCGCUCCUCUAGGUCGUUCCUAAGUGCUAAGUCUCGAGUUAGAGUACGUAUCGCGAGGUAGAGUUUAAGUUUAGCGUUAAAGUUUCACGGGAGCAAGCACGACAGUACGCGUCGUUCAAACUUAGAGAAGAAGAUAUCGUAUCGAGUAAUUGAUUGUGAUAAUCGAGCGAAAGAAAUCUGCGAGGAAGAUCGCGUAAUUUUCGUUUGAAUAUAUAGUGCGUAUAAAUACGAAAAUAUCAUCUAUUACAUAUCCGGUAAUAAGUGAAAAAAAUUUGCAAGAUUUCUUUAAAAGAAUCCAUACAUUUUACUAGAACCAACUGUAACGCAGAUACGUAUGGAAAAUAACGGAUAUCGAAUGUCAGAGUGAUUCUGAAUGAGAAGAAAACUUCAAGGAAAUUUAUAUUGAUCGUACAUAUUUCAAUAGAUUAAAUUGUAAUAUACGUGGAGAAAAUCGUAUAUUAUCUAAAUAUUGGCUGAAAUGAUCUCACAACUAUCUAAGAAUAAACUUAUUCAGUGGAACAGAUUAUUAAUCAAGAAGAUCGACAUUUAUCAUUCUGAAUGUUUACAGUGUGCAUCGAGAUAUAUAUGAUGCAAAAAUUCGAAAAAAUAAAGAACAAUAAAGUAAAAUAACGGAAAUUCGUAAAAAAAGGGAGCUUAAAUUUUUCAACAGUUUUUAUAAAAAAAAGAUCUCAUUAUAUAAAAAACAUAUGUCUUCCACAUGCAAUUUUCACUUCGUCAGGAACAUAAAAAAAGACGCUGUUAAAAUUAUUAUAUCUUCAUGUAUCUCUAUUUAGAAGAAAUAUAAAAAGUUUUUUCUACGAAAUCCAUGUGUCUCCAAGACGUCGACUAGUCGACGGUACAUUGCUAAAGAAAGCGUCCUGCUUCAUCCUGAUAUAAAAAGAAGAAGCACGGCGAUAAUAGUGUGCCUGAUCUGAAGUCUUCCUGAACUCCAUUAGAAUACGUAUAGCAAUUACUCCAAUGCGAAGAUUUAUAUAUUGCUAUAUAUUCUUCCAUGAUCGUAAUGGAAUAAGAAAAGGACGUCUAACGUCCGAGUAAACAAUAAUGAUAUUAAAAUAAUGUAUUAUAAGAUGUAUAGACGAUAUUUAUUCCUGAUAAUUAUAAGAAAUUACAAACAGUAAUAAGUGGUUAAUAGAAUAAGAAGUAAUAAAAAUAAAAAUAUAAUAUAAGGAAUAUAAAGUAAGAGAAACUUUGAUAACACUGUGAAACGAUCGAGAACACUCGGAUAUGAGAUGAUGAGAGCCGCUUGGAGAAUAUCAAAGUGGAACGAUGCGUAAGGAAAGGGAGAGACGGAACUUGUUAUUGUAAUCAUCAUCAUCAUCAUCAUCAUCAUCAUCGUUGUCGUCGCUGUAUGAUUGUUCUAGCUGGAAAAGCUGGGACAGCGGAUACAAAAGACGCGACGACUGGAAAGGGAGAAAACUAUUAUCUUCGCCUGCAAUUGUCCCUCGUACCCCCGCUUCAGCCCUUCUGUUUCUUUUUUGCGAAGGGAUUAAAGCGUCGUAAAGUCACUUGCGCAACGUGGACCAACCGGCGGGGUGUCUCGAGUAUAAUUAGCAGCCUAAUAUUACCUUGCCAAUGUUAUUCCAUCUCCUAUUACCAUCUCUUACCAUCUCCUUUAUUUUAGGGUAAUUGGAAUAAAUUUGCUGUGAAGAGAAACGAGACGUACAGGGUGGCUUGAGAUAACUGUCGGUCAUUAGAACCAAAAGUGGAUAGAAGAGACGAAGAGAAAUUGCAGCGUAGAUUAUCCGCAAUCAGUCUGCAUAAUCAGCGAUUAUUCUACGAUCAGAAGUACGUCAUUAACGAGAAAUUAAUAAUUAUCUCCACACUGUAUCAUACCAAGCACGAAGAAGAAUUUUGUUUCUAAAAACAAAAAGAGAUAAAUCUGAGAUUCAAUCUAUGGUAAAAAUGGUACUAUGAAUAAAAAAACAACAAAAUUCUGAAAACAAGCUUUAGACUUGAAACUGAACUGGUUAUUAAAAGAGGCCAAUCGUUCAACGUCACAUCGGAUUGCACCAAGGAAGAUCUCUCGAAGAAAUUCUUGUUCGUCGCUGCAUUUGAAUUUUGAAAAAAUGGCAAUGUCGGCGAUGGUGCCACCGGCGAAACCCGCGCGUGGACGUGGCCCGGCCGACGGUCGGGCCUUCUUUGAGACGCUAUGGCGAGGCGGCAAUUUCCUACUGGACAGGCAAAAGGUGCUGAAGCGCUCGCGCAAACGCAAAUUGCACUACGCUGCGGCCAAUAACGGUGGCAAGAGGAAACAGCAGCAGCAACUGCUGCAGAUGCAGCGUCAACACUGCUGCUGCUGUCAGCGUAUUCAGCUACACCUGCUCGCCGAACGGCGAAGCAACAUACGCUCCGUCGUCAGUGUACGCGAGACACAUCAGAUCGCCGAGGCGCAGCAGGAGAAGAAUGCGAAGCUGCGCGAGGCUUUCGGCAUCUCCGAGUUCUUCGUGGAAGGCAGUAGCCUAGACCCGGAGCGGCACGCGCGCGAGGCAGAGGCACGAGCCGCCGCUGCCGCCGCAAACAAAGUCUACGAGCUGGUUCGUACACCGAGUCCAGCGCCGCCGCCGUCGGUACCGGAAGCGGUUGUCACCACGGUCACCGAGAAGAAAAAGCGGAAGCGUUCCGGCAGCACGAGCGCGGGCAAGAAGAAGAAGGCCAAGAAGCACAAACGGGAAAGAUCCGAAUCCCCCAAGUCCGGCAAGAAAAAGGAAAAAUCCAAAAAGAAGAAGAAGGAGAGGAAGCACAAAAAGGCUGAGGCUACUUCAUCCGACAGCGACUCCAGCGAGGAUUCCGAUGACAGCAACUCGUCGGAGGCUGAGUCGAAGAAGAAGAAGAAAAAGAAAAAGAAAAAGCUCAAAGUCGAGGGAAAGGACAAGCAUGAGAAAAAGAAGACUUCGACUAAACGGAAACGCCAGUCAUCCGAAAGCUCCACGGACAGCUCCGUGGAAAGACCGAAAAAAUCGGUGAAAUAUGAAAAAAGCACUGUGGUGGACAAGGCGUCAAGGAAUGAAGUUCCCGAGAGUACUUCGACCUCGCGAGAACCACUUCCUCCUCGAUCGAUCCGAUCACCGAAGCGAGAGACAUUGUCUCGAACAGCAAUAUCUCGGGACGAGACUCCACCGCUGCCGCCGUUAACCGUUACUAAAACAAAGAAAGAUUCGCCGAAAAAGAGCGUGGCAGAGAAGCGAGACAAAUCACCGCUGAAUCACAAUAGAAGCCCUCCUCUUUCAUUAAACAGACGACACAAAUCAUCUUCCAGAAGCAGAGGUGAUAGAGGCGAUAGAAGCGAUAAAAAUGAUAGAGAUAGAGACAGAGAUAGAGAUAGAGGAGGAGGAGGAAGGUCUCCCAGAAGGUAUUCGAGGUCACGCCGUGUGAGUCCGUCUCCUAAACGAAGACGAGGAUAUUCUAGAUCGCCUAGGAGACACGGUAGGCAUUCCGUGUCUAGAAGCAGAAGCCGCUCUAAGUAUGAUCGUUACGGGUCUUCUCGCAGGAGACCAUCUCCGCUGAGACGAAGGGAAACCGAUUUUCGUCGAAGAUCACGCUCGGCGAGACGACAACAUCGACGAUCUCGAUCGCGCUCCACUUUGAGCUAUUCGCCGGUUAGAAAGAAUCCAGAACGCUAUAAGGAUAUUCUGGAGGAUCGAAAACCGCGACGGGAUCAGAAGAAGAAAUCCAAAAGCGAUAAGGUAAAGUCGCGCUCAACUUCAAGGAACAGGAAAACGCAGCAAAUAGCGGUUGCGCCCAGAGUAAGUUUGAGAUCGUCGAGUGAGGAUGAAGCUGAUUUGGCCGACGAUGAGCCCAGUAAGCAGCAACAGCAGGAAGACGAGGAACGGAGGAUAAUAGAAUUAAACACAUUGAAACGACUACAGAGUGGCCUGGCGGCGAAGGCGCGGGAGACGUUGGAAAAGAAAGUGAUCAGUCCAACGAAGAUCAAAAUUGAAAGGCGGGAAGAUGUGUUAGAUAUAGCUUUACCAAACGAACCGCCGAAAAACAUUGCACAGAAUUCUGUACCGAUUCGAGACAGAUCCAGCUCGAAAGAACCAGUCAUACAGGCUUUACCAGUCAUUCAGUCGCCGGUAUCCAGCAGAUCGCCUUCACCGGCUCUACCUCUCACUCGAGAGGAGGCGGCGAUUAAAAUUAGAUCUCCAAGCGAGUCACCGCCAUUGGCGGCGUCGUUGCCUCAAUUACAAUCCUUUGAUAAAGUUGAUUCUGCGUCUCCUAGCGUGAAAACCAAGACGAAUAGUCGGUUUUCGCGAUCGCCAAGUUCCUCUGGCAAGAAAGACUCGCCAUCGGUUACAUCUUCGAAGAAAGAUGCUUCGAAGAGGGAUUCGUCUCGUUCCCCUAUCACGAUCAUGAUUUCCAGAGAUGACAACACAAUAAUGAAACUGCGUUCACCGAGUGAAUCACCGCCACCUUUGAUGAACAUUUCAUUAGCCAGAUUGAAUCGACGUUCGAGAUCGCCAAAGAAAAGUAAAUCAUAUUCCAGAUCGGCGUCAAGAUCAUGCACGAGAUCGCCAUCUGUCGCGGACAAAGUGAGGUCUUCCAGAUCGCCGUCCAGAGACAAAAAAUCGCGUUCUCGUUCGCGAGGCAAGAAAUCGGCAUCACCUGGGCGACGAUCGACUUCUAGAUCGGCCUCUAGGGCGAAGAAAUUAUCACCCAAGACGAGAGCGAAACAGCAGCGCUCGCCCCGGUCAAGAUCUUCUUCGGCAGAAUCGAAACGCUCGAGCGCUUCGAGAUCGCUCUCGAGGUGUAAGAAAUCUGCUUCGCGAUCUAGAAGCAGAAAUCGAUCGUUGUCGAAGAGGAGAUCGCGCAGUCGCUCUUCCUUGUCAAAGAAGUCCAGGAGCAGAUCGCUGUCGAAGAAAAGAUCGCACAGCCGUUCGUUGUCAAAGAAAUCCAAGAGUCGCUCGCGAUCGGCGUCGAGGAUAUCCAGAGACAAGGACAAACGCAGUCACACUAGGAGUAGCUCGCGAUCCUCUGCCAGCUCGAGGCACAGUCGAGGUAGAAGUUUUUCCAGCUCAUCAAGAUCAUCCAGCAGUGUCUCCAGUCGAUCCUCCCGCUCCACCUCCAGCAGCUCUGCAUCCAGUAGAUCACGCUCACCAUCGAUACCUCGACGUCACGGUUCACCUAGCUUUCUAGAUAGACGACGUAUUACAAGCGCGAGGAAACGUCCAAUUCCGUAUCAUCGACCAACCCCAACACCACCCUCGUCACCGAGUAGUUCCGAGAGCAGCAGGCAUAGCAACUGGUCUAGUCCGAGUCAUCGAUCCAGCGGUUCCGCGAGUCGUAGUCCGUCUUAUACGCGUUGAGAAAGAUGCGUGAAUAAAUUCCCAGUAAAUAGGGAAUAACGUUCCUUCUUCUACAUACACUAGACUCGGAGAGAGCGACGUAGCUCAAUUCUUUACGACCUGAAGGAAACCAUCGUAUCGCAUUAAUCGAUUUCCCAGAUGUUGAUUUAAACAUUCAAAAAAAAAAAAAAUAUAUAUAUAUAUAUU